GAAAUUUUAGCACAGCUUCAUUGGCCAUUCAUCGCACCCCCUCAGUCUCAAACUGUUGGCUUAAGUCGACCAGCCACUGCUCCUGAGAUAUAUAGUAACCUGGAGACACUAUUUUGUCAGCUUCUGAAACUACAAACCUCAUGAAUUACUUACUGAGCCAAAACAACUUCCAGAAAAAUACUCUCUUCCUGCAUCCUCUUCUGUCAUCCUGCCCAUCCAGAUUAUGCUGACUCCCCUGCAGAAGAGGUUCAGGUAUCACUUCAGAGGGAACCGACAGACUAAUGUUAUAAGCAAGCCUGAAUGGUACUUGACUCAAGUGCUUAUGUGGAUUGGGAACCACACACAGUUUCUGGAUGAGAAGAUUCAGCCAAUAUUAGACAAAGCAGGCUCCUCAGCAAAUGCAUUGCUUGAGUUUUCUCGGGGCCUUAUGAUGCUGGUUCUGGAGAAGUUAGCAGCUGAUAUUCCUUGUCUGCUCUAUGAUGACCAUCUCUUCUGUCAUUUGGUGGAUGAGGUGCUGUUGUUUGAAAGGGAGCUACACAGUGUUCAUGGCUAUCCUGGCACUUUUGCUAAUUGUAUGCAUAUUCUAUCAGAGGAAACCUGUUUUCAGAGGUGGCUGACUGUGGAGAGAAAAUUUGCUCUUCAAAAAAUGGACUCAAUGCUUUCAUCAGAAGCUGCCUGGAUAUCCCAAUAUAAGGAUAUCACUGAUGUGGAUGAGAUGAAAGUUCCAGACUGUGCAGAAACUUUUAUGACGCUCCUCUUAGUUAUAACUGGCAAGUAUAAAAAUCUUCCCACAGCUUCCAGAAAGCUGCAGUUCCUGGAGUUACAGAAAGACUUAGUAGAUGAUUUUAGGAUACGACUGACUCAGGUGAUGAAAGAAGAGACCAGAGCUUCCCUUGGCUUUCGAUACUGUGCGAUUCUUAAUGCUGUGAACUAUAUCUCAACAGUGCUAGCAGACUGGGCUGACAAUAUUUUCUUUCUACAACUUCAACAGGCGGCAUUGGAGGUCUUUGCAGAGAAUAACACUCUCAGUAAACUGCAGCUGGGACAACUAGCCUCUAUGGAGAGCUCUGUCUUUGAUGACAUGAUUAACCUGUUAGAGCGUUUAAAACAUGACAUGUUGACCCGUCAAGUAGACCAUGUUUUUAGAGAAGUUAAAGAUGCUGCAAAAUCGUAUAGAAAAGAAAGAUGGUUGUCCUUGCCCUCUCAGUCUGAGCAGGCAGUCAUGUCCCUGUCCAGCUCGGCUUGCCCCCUCCUGCUUACGUUACGAGACCGUUUACUUCAGUUGGAACAGCAGCUUUGCUUCUCUUUAUUUAAAACUUUCUGGCAAAUGCUCGUAGAGAAGCUGGAUAUAUACAUCUACCAAGAAAUCAUUCUUGCUAAUCACUUCAAUGAAGGAGGAGCAGCUCAGUUGCAGUUUGAUAUGACUCGGAAUCUUUUCCCUUUGUUCUCCCACUAUUGCAAGAGACCAGAAAAUUACUUUAAACAUGUAAAAGAAGCCUGUAUUAUUUUGAAUUUGAACAUUGGUUCUGCACUACUUCUGAAAGAUGUCCUGCAGUCAACUUCUGGGCAGCCUCCUGCUACAGCAGCAUUAAAUGAAAUUGGAAUUUACAAACUGGCUCCACAAGAUGUUGAGAUUCUACUUAAUUUGAGGACAAACUGGCCUAACACUGGAAAAUAAUGCAUCUCCCCCUCCCCCCCUUUUUUGAACAAAGAGGAAGCCAAUUGGAUUAAGUUAAACGAUGAAGUUCCGAAUUACUGAAGCUGGAUAACUGAAAACUUUAUAGAAUCAUUUAUUACCUUUGACUUACAGUGUUAUUAAAAUGCUGACCAUAUUUUCUGAGCCCUUUUGUCCCUAAGAAAACAAAAACAGAAAACUCAGAAGCCAUGGAAACUCAGAUAUACAUGCUGAAUAUGUGUUAAAUAAAAUACAAGUGCAGAGAUAACAAAUUAUAAUCAAAUUUCAAUUUCCUGUUAACUAAGGGAGACUAUUGUGGAUAAUCAAACACAGCAAAUAAAUUUUUAAAAAAAUCACUUUAGAACGCAUGUUUGUAAUUGAAGUUCCUGUAUCUAGUUUGGAAAUUCACUGUAUUUCCUGUAAGAAAACACAUUAAAAGAUAGUGACUAAAAUAGGAUUGCUCUCAUUUACCACAAAUGUCCUUUCAUUUAAAAUACUUCCUUGU